AUAUUUUCAGUUAUGAUAUUUUGUAAUACCCCCAAAAUUUCUAGAGCAUCAAGUGAGAGUUAGGGACCUAAUUGUGAAGAAAUACUAUUAAUGAACUUAAUGGCAAAAAUUUUCAAAGUUCAGGGACUUAAAAGAAAGGAAAUUAAGAUAAGGAUCAAGGCUGAUAUUUCUGUCCUCAGCCACGUGUUUUGCUCUUCUUCAUCUUCAUUUUCUUCUCCUCUGCCGACCGAAGCUCCCCUAAGCCACCGACUCAUCCCCUUUGAGAAAAAUUGGUAACAAGCUUGAUUUUUCCCUUCCUUUUCUUGUUAAAGAACUGAUUUUAGGACCUAGAACCCUCCCUUUGAAGUGGGGAUUUCAGAUCUGCUCUGUUUCUUCCCUUGGUCUGUCCGCUGUUCUGCUGGGUGUGAAUCCUUCGGGAUUUUUGUUUUCAUGAUUUCUUCUCCAGUCUCUGUCGGCCUCCAUACCCGCCAGCUCCGGUUUUGGCUGCUGGAAAAAUACUGGUAUGUUGAUGGCAUCUUUAAGUCCAAAAAUGAAAAUCUCAUGGAAUACGUUAGUUAUGGCAUUGGAUUAAUUUUAGUCCAGUAGUGAUGUAUUAUUGAUUGGGGUUUUGUUUGGUUGUGAGAACGUGAUGGGAAAAUGAAAAGGAAAUUGGUUAUUAAUUCUUGAAUAUUUGAAUUAGGUUACUGAUCGUUUUGUCAAUUUAGUACUGAGAUCGAGCCCUUGGUUUUAAGCAAGUGAGGUAAGUAAAUUUAUGGUAAUGUCCGCACUGUUUUUAAAAGAUGUUUUGACUUGUUUUUUAAGUGGUGGCGCGACUAAACCCGUUUUAUGCAAAAGUAAGUAUGACUAAUUGAAGUGAAGUUUUAUGCUUUUCAUUAAAUUGAGCAUGCCUACUUAAAAUUUUAUUUGAUUGCCUUGAUGAUCUGAAAGUGAUUAGUAAAUUAUGAAUUUUCUGUUAACUUCUGCCUGUUUUGUCUCCGAUACAGUCAUGUUAUCCUGUCGCCCGCUAGUGGGAGGUUUAAAUGCUAGCACAUGUCGACAUGUUCCUGAUAGAACCGGUUCAUUUCUGUAAUCCUGCUAGUGGGAGUUAAACACUAGUAAUUCCUGUUGCCUGCCAGUGGGAGGUUUAAACACUGGCCAUGACCUAUAAAGGAGACGUCUAUUUCGUUCCCGUACUUGUAUCAGUUUUCUGAUUACACUUGUUGGCAUGCUAUAAGUUUAAUUGACUACUAUUGAAUUUUAUUCUGCAUAAUGGUUAUCAUUGAGCAUUCCGUUUAUGUUUAAACUGUUUAUCUGAAAUGCUCAAAUUUUACCCACGGGCUAUCCAUACAUUUACUUAUUGAGAUAUUUUAUCUCAUGAUUUUCCCUUGUCCACCAUUUCAGGUAGUAUGACUCGAGACACGGAAACCACGGGAAGUGACGAGUUAGAAGGCUAGCCAUUUCGAGAUUGAUAUAAUUUUAGAAAUAAAUCAUGUUUUUUUGUAAGAUAGAUUUUACCUUGUGAUUUUAAGUUUAAGUCAUGUUGGACAUAGAUUUAUGGAAUAUAUUAUCAUUCUUGGA